AGGAAAGAUGGUCAAACCUGUGCUGCUCAAGAACAUCCAAAUAGAGGGUGUAGCCUACACAUCAGAGUGUUUUCCAUGCCGGCCCGGCUGGUUCAGUUCAGACCCCGGCUCAUCCUGUCAGCCCUGUCCCAGCAACACCUUCUCCAUAAAGGACGCGUCCUCCUGUACACGCUGCCCUGAACACCACUACUCACAUGAGGGAUGGGCUGAAUGUAAGGCGAGGCCGCCAUGCUCAGAGAAGGAUUACUUCCAGAUCCACACAGCCUGCGACAGCGAAGGAAAGACGCAAGUGUUAUAUCGUUGGGUGGAGCCAAAAAUCUGUGUGGAGAACGUCACAGGGGCCGUGGAGCUGCCUGCAACUGGGCAGAGAGAGCCAUGCCCUCCGUGCAACCCCGGCUACUACAACAGCAUUGACUCCACCUGUUUACCCUGCCCACCUGGAACCCACUCAGACGGCACCUACGAGUGCACUGAGUGCCCUGCAGGUACAGAGCCAGUGUUAGGUUACCAGUAUAAAUGGUGGAAUGUGUUGCCUUCCAAUAUGAAGACUUCCUGUUUCAACGUGGGCAACUCCAAAUGUGACGACAUGAAUGGCUGGGAGGUUGCAGGGGACCACAUUCGCAGUGGAGCAGGUAGUUCAGACAAUGACUAUCUCAUCCUCAGCCUGCAUGUGCCUGGCUUCAAGGUCCCAGCCUCACUUUCAGGGAUGACCGGUAGUGAGUUUGGCCAGAUAAGCUUUGUGUUUGAGACCAUCUGCUCUGCUGAUUGUGAGCUCUACUUCAUGAUGGAUGUGAACAGAAAGAGCACCACAGUGGUGGAGUCCUGGGAAGGCAGUAAGGGGAAACAGUCGUACUCGCACAGCAUGACCAGGAACGCCUCUGUCACGUAUACAUGGGCUUUCCAGAGGACUAACCAUGCUCUGGACAUGCGUCGUUAUGUCAGUGACAUGGUGAAGCUGUACUCCAUCAGCGUGACUAACGUCCUGGAUGGGGUGGCAUCAGCAUGUCGGGCCUGCGCUCUGGUACCCCAGAACUCCCAGCGGGCCAGCUCCUCCUGUGUUCCCUGCCCUGCUGGUUUUUACAUCGACAGAGACACCAACCGGUGCCAGGAGUGCCCGCCCAACACACACCUGGCAGGGCGCCACACCUACGGCCAGGACGCGUGUGUCGCCUGUGGUCCUGGAAGUGUAAGCAAUAAGGAACACUCUCGGUGCUACAGCGACUGCUUCUUCUCCCACACAGAGAACAACCGUACGCUGACCUUUGACCUCAGCCCCCUGAGUGAUGUGGCCUCGAUGACCAUCGGGCCGAGUUUCACCUCUAAAGGCACAAAGUACCUUCACCUGUUCAACAUUAGCCUGUGUGGACACGAGGGGAAGAGAGCUGCUAUCUGUACAGAUAACGUCACCGACGUGUCCAGCGUGGACGACCAAAGCGACAUGGCUCAGUUUGUCAACUCAGUCGACAGCUUCAUCUGUCAAUCAACCAUCAUCCCAGCAGAUGGGCGGGGCUUCAGGAUGGCCAUUUCCUCACAGUCCAUCAGCCUUGCAGACACUUUCAUCGGAGCAACAGUAGAUACCGUCCUGGAUGGCGUGAACGCUAAACCAGAUCUUUUUCCUGAAAAUUCAAAGGAUGUACCAGACAUCAACUUUUUCUACAGGUCAACGCAGGCAACGGCCUCAUGUGAUCAGGGUCGCAGCUCAGUCAUCACUGUUCGCUGUAACCCCGAGAAGUCUGAACGAGGAGAACUCUCUGUGCCCAGCUCGUGUCCUGCAGGAACAUGUGAUGGAUGUACGUUUCACUUCCUGUGGGAGAGCGCCAGUGCCUGUCCGCGCUGCGCCGAGGACGACUACCACCAGAUAGAGGGAGCGUGCAAAAGAGGCAUCCAGGAAACUCUGUAUGUGUGGAACGAGCCAAAGUUGUGCACCAAAGGUGUAUCGUUGCCCCUAGAAGCCUCUCCGUGCGAGGCCAUCGCUCUGUGGCUGAAGGUCGGGGUCGGUGGCGGAGCCUUCGUGGCCGUGCUGCUCAUCUCUCUCACCUGCUAUUUCUGGAAGAAAAACAAGAGGCUGGAGUACAAGUACUCUCGUCUGGUGAUGUCUGCCAACAAGGAGUGUGAGCUGCCAGCAGCAGACAGCUGUGCCCUGGCUGAAGGGGAGGAACCUGACGACGAUGUGGUUUACACCAAGAAACCCUCCCUGCUGGGGAAACUCCGAGCCAUCGCUAACAAGCAUCAGGAUGGGGAGAGGAGCGAGUCUGUUCAGCUAAACUCCUCCCAGUCUGAUCGAUGGGUCCUGGGUUAAAGAGACACAAGAGAGAGAGAGAGAGAGAGAGAAGAAUUAAAAAAUCGGAGGAACAGUCAGUCAGUGCCAUGUCACUGCCCUCCUACUUAUGUGUCCUUUGACCCCCUCCCUUCAUUGUGGGGAGUCAACAAUAAAGACCCAUGUUUUCACUGGAAGCGGUUGCCACUCGCUAGCAAAAACUGGACAAUGGCUUUUCCUUCUCAACCCUAGAAAACACAGGAAACACACUCCUGCUUUAAUGCCAUGGAGGCUCCAGGGCAGCAGCUGAAAUAGAAACAUGCUUUUAAUGUUUUUUUGUAUGUUUUGUAUAUUUAUUUGUUUUGGGUUUCAUUUUGUUCAGAGUCAUGUAUUUAUAUCAAUGUUAUAAUUAUGAACCUUUAUUAAAGUCCAAUUUGACUUUGGGA